CUUACUUCCGUCGGAACUGGCUCUGAUUUUGCUCCAAAGUUUCCAUACUCGCUUCCAACCCUAUUACACUCGUACUUGCUUGAAUAAAAUGGAGCAGCUUGCUUGGCAAAUGGAACUAAAUGGAUCAGCUUGCUUGGGAGCAGCUUGCUUGGCAAAUGGAAUUUAAAUGGACCAGCUAGCUUUGAUCAUUAUUGGACCUCCGUUUGGACGUUCGGGAGAUGGCAAUAACAAAAAGACGAGCAGCUCUCGUAGUAGGAGGGAACAUGCUCAUCGAGCAGUCCUCCAUCGGCUUAAAAUCGUCCGGCUUCAAAACGAGCUUGCUUAGAGGGAACCAUUAUGCACCGCAUCCCUUGUCCAUGGCGCCGCUUUACUUUGAUUUGUCGAGAGCGAGUCCCACCGCCACCUCCUUGCUGUUUGAUUUCCCCGCGAGCAAGCAGCCUCCUGCCUGCUUCCCCUAUGGAGCGUCCCUUGUCCAUGGCGUCGCUUCGCUUUGAUUUGCCGAGGGUGAGUGCCUGUUCAGAUUGUGACAACUCGAGAGUGGGUAAAGUCCUUCAAUGUCACGUGUCAGAUGACCAAUUCAGAGUCGCCUCAAAAAGAUGAAACCAUAUUUUUUUGCAUAAGACACCAUGAUAUAGCAUACUAAGGAAAAAUUUUUCCAAAAUACACGUUAUCUAAAAAAAUUCUCAAAAUACUAGGGAUGACAAAAAUAUCCGUAACCAUGGAUAUCCGCCCGAAUCCGACCUAAUUAGGUAGGGUAAUACCCAAAUAUGGUUGGCAACGGGCCGGAUCUGGGACGGUUACCCCAUAUAUGAAGCCCACCCGUCAUUGCUCCCCGGGUAUCAUUAACCCUGCCUGCUAGAUCCACUCGGGGGGAGAAGUCUCACCGCCCCCGCUCGCACCCGAGGUACGGAUUUACCCGACACCCGCCCAGACCCGAUUUUUCAGUUUUUUAUAGAUAAAUAAAACAGACAAAUGAAGAAAUAGAAUGGAC